UUUUAGUGUGGCGCUCGAAAAUAUGAAAAUUCUCGUUUUGAUCGCUGUUCUCUUCCCAUUCGGAGUUCUUUGUCAAGACGAAGUCCAGGGAUUCGGCGUAGCCCGCAAUCGUACUCGCAGAUGGUGUGACCCACCGUGCAGAACUUUUCACAGAUGCUACUUGGGAGUAUGUCGUUAUGUUCCAAACAUUCCAUGGUGAACAGCCUAAGCUCUGAAUAUUGAAUAAAUAUUAUCAUACCGAAAU